AUGAUGGACAACACGUCUCAACAUAACUUCAUCAUGCACCACCACAUGGAGCUGAGCACCCUCACCAUGUACAGUGAGAACAGCACCAAUAACACCGGCGCCAGGGAGCAGAACUCUACGACCUGCUCGCUCCGCAUUCCACAGGAGCUGUUCCUGACGCUGGGCCUCAUUAGUCUGGUGGAGAACAUUUUAGUGGUGCUGGCCAUCAUCAAGAACCGCAAUCUGCACUCGCCCAUGUACUACUUCAUAUGUUGCCUGGCCGUCUCCGACAUGCUGGUCAGCGUCGCCAACGUAGUGGAGACCAUAGUUAUGUUGCUCACCGAACACGGGCUGCUAGUGGUCACACCUGAAAUGCUGCGGCACCUGGACAACGUCAUCGACAUCAUGAACUGCAGCUCGGUGGUGUCAUCACUGUCCUUCCUGUGCACCAUCGCCGCGGAUCGAUACAUCACCAUCUUUUACGCGCUGCGUUACCACAGCAUCAUGACCACGCAGCGCGCCGUGACCAUCAUCGCGAUGGUGUGGCUGACCAGCAUCACCGCCAGCAUACUUUUCAUCGUCUACCACUCGCACACCGCCGUCAUUGUAUGCCUCGUCACCUUCUUCUGCAUCACUCUUGUCUUCACCGCUGUGCUCUACAUGCACAUGUUCAUCCUGGCGCACGUGCAUUCGCGGCGCAUCAUGGCCAUCUACAAGUCUCGCCGCCAGGGCACGAGCAUGAAGGGCGCCAUCACGCUCACUAUCCUGCUAGGGGUCUUCAUCCUCUGCUGGGGACCCUUCUUCCUCCACCUUAUUCUCAUCCUUACCUGCCCCACGACCCCCUUCUGCACCUGCUUCUUCAGCUACUUCAACCUCUUCCUCAUCCUCAUCAUCUGUAACUCGCUCAUCGACCCGCUCAUCUACGCCUAUAGGAGCAAGGAGCUGCGCAAGACACUCAAGGAGCUGCUCUUCUGCUCCUGCGUCACCUUUCGAUGCGAUUCCAUACUUGAGUGUCUAUUUCCAUGGAAGUUCACGUGA